AUAAAGCAUUACAUCGAUUUCCACAUUCAAAUCUACAGGAAAAUGCACAAACCAACACAAUGGUAUCAUUACGGCAACCCUAUUCCAAUGCCACAAAGCGCGAGUUUCUUAGAUUAGCCUCCUCCAGCGCCAACGGAACAGAAUUAAACAAACAAACAAUCGGUAGAAAAGGAAGAAAAAAAGUACAAGACAUUAUUGCGCAGCCGGAAGUCUGCUUCCCAUUUUUAUCUUCGCAAGAGAGAAUAAAAAAAG